GGAUCAGAGUACAACUAUGCAAAACAUCAAGUCUUUCAAAGCUCUCUGGAUUUUCUACUGGAACGCUUGUGUACGUUUUAAAGGUUGGGGAUGGUCAGAUGAUGACCUUGGAGAUCAUUUCCAUCUGCGAUUUUGAAUGUGGGAGCAAUCCAGUGAAAAAUCACCGAAAAGGGCUAAAAAAUGGACGAUUUCUGACUUCAGGUGGGCAUUUCUGGAUCACUGGAGGCCCGCAGAGCACGGACCCAUCAGGAAGACUGAAUAUUACCAACAUUGUUUAAAACACACAUGAAUACUUUCUGAAGUGAAUUGUUAGUAAUGGAACAGAGUUAAUAAUAUAUUCAAACAUCUGUAAUUGUGGUGUUUUGCUACUCCAAGAAUAUGCAACACAAUUUCUUCUACAGAUAAAGAAACUUCUAUCAUUCCUUAGCAUACAAUUAUGCUGCCAUAUUAUGAUUGGAGAUUAAAUGGUCAAUCAUGAAAUCAAGACAAUGAGAUUUACUAAACGGGAUUUUGCAAUGAUGGCUCUUGGAAUUGUGGUUUAUAUAGUGGAUGUUGGAGCAGAUCUUUGGGUGGCAAGUAAUUAUUUCCACCAGGCACAUUAUACGUGGGGUACGUUAACAUUGAUUACACUACUUCUUUCAUCAGUAAUUGUCCAGAUUUUCAGUUUUACCUGGUUUGAAGAAGACAAUUCUGAGAAGCUGAACUGGAUUUUUGCAUUACAUGCCUUACAAGGUGGAAUAUUUACAAGGUAUUGGUUUGCACUGAAGUAUGGUUACCAGGCGGCAUUUAAGUUAAACAGCUCAGGAGAUACAUUGAUUGAUGGCCCCACCGGCAUCAUUCACAAAAGAGCCAUUGAUGCAAUGGCUGAUAUAAGCAUGCUCCGGCUAUUUAAGGCGUUUCUGGAAAGCACACCCCAACUUCUUCUUCAGAUCUACAUCCUGAUGACAUCUGAUAUUUCUACCUUCAGUCAGUCACUUAAUGAAGGUGGAAGUAGCAGAGAGCAAGAUGCUUCGAUCACCAUGGGAUUCAGCAGUAUUUCCUGCUCAACUGUGGAUUAUCAGAUAGCUUUGCGAAAAUCCUUGCCUGAUAGAAAUGAAUUUGCUGGGACAUUUCCCAAAAUAGUGUAUCUUUUGUAUAAACUGUUGACUUUAACUUCUUGGAUACUUAGCAUUGCACUGCUUACAGUACUGAGCACCAAAUGUUCUAUUGUUCUAUUUGCGUUUCUUUGGGUUGGGGGUAUAAGUUGGGUGCUGAAGCAGCACACUACAUUUUGCAAAUCCAAAGCAAAAGAAAUUGUAUAUAGGAUUAUUGUAGGAAUAAUUCUUAUUUUUACCUUCUUUAAUAUCAAGGGAGAAAAGACAAAAAUCCCCCAUUAUGUUUAUUAUGGCACUCGAGCAUUUAUAACUAUAGCUAUAGUGUGUGCUUGCCUGUUCUGGAAAUCAGUUUUUAAUGGGAAAAUACACUUGUUAGCUGUGAUAAUUGUAAUUGUUCUUAUGCUAAUAUUAGGUAUUAUUUUUCUUAUUGUUUAUUAUACUUUUCUUCAUCCUAAUAUUUAUUGCACACAAGAUGUAGUUGAUGGAACAGGAAGUGAAAGUGAAGAAAUUUGUAGAAUAAGGGGAUUUCUGAUGCAUUAAACCUUAUGAAACUA